AUGCGCGCACUCACAGUUUUUACGCUUUUCUGCUUGAUAGCAGCGUAUUCUUGCCAAAGUCACGACUUGGUACUUGGUCAAGCGACCUACGGUGACGUUGUCAUUUAUAAAGUCAACGAAUACAAAUAUGGUUUCCCGCUCUUCAUAAGGACCAGCAUCGUCGAAUACCCAGAACCAGGACAGCAUAACUUCGCAUACAUAAAGGCUAUAUACGUGAAAGAUAACGAAAGAGAUGGAAGCGGCGGUUACCCAACUAUUUCUGCUGGCGGUAUUGGACAGAGAUUUGUUAAAAUCAAACUUAAAAGCCAAAGGAAUUACGGCUUCAACUUCACUGUUACCAUCUAUGGAAGAUAUUAA